CUCUGUUCACGGCUAUCAAGCCCGGCAGCACAUGGUCCAGCCAAACUCUAUACGGACUGCAUGACGUAUGGCGUAUGGUGUCGGUCAGAUAUCGGUCGCAUUGCACCCCCCAAGUCGUUCGAGCGCUACUUGGUUGCAUGCCUGUCUGCGUCUAGGCACUCUGCUCUAAGUAGGUGCGGACGCAAUCGUCGUUUUCCUCUCAUUCUUGUUCUUAUUCUUCUUGUCUAUGAUUUUGUCGUCUCGCGCCCAUAUCUCACACGCUCCUUUGCCAAAUAUUUGAUUGGACUGGACCCUGGAUUGGACUAGUACCGCGCGCGUGUUCACGUGUUUUUUUCUCCAAACCAUUUCUGGACCCUGCCCAGAACUUAUGAUACCCCAUUUCUCCCCGGCUCAUGUCGAGCUUUGCGAACAGCCUCUUCUCAAGAUCCUGCGAAAUACCUGGUUCGACGAACUCUUCCGCCCCAGCAUGGGCCCGUCUACUAUCAAUAAUUGCGUGCUAUUGUUAGACCUGCCACCAAAAGCCCUCGCCGGCAUCGACCUGCUAUCCUUUACAUCGUCACCGCGCUUCCGAGGCGUCCGGAAUAUCCCCCAUGGUCUGCACUUCGUCUUUGCCGCCAUUGAUGGCGCCAUGUCAGUGAGGCACGGCGCAUGGUUUUAUGUCACGCCUGGCAUGGGCUCGCCACAGGUUUUUGUCAAGAAAUGGGAUCAAAGCACUGAGGAUCUGGUGGCGGAAACAUCGCAGACUGAGGUUCUCAAGCACAAGGCCAACCUCGGCAGCAUAUGGAAAGACGGCCUGACACCCUAUCGGCAAACCGUGCAGGAAGGCGACUCGGGCACUGAAGAUGGCUGGAAGGAAGAGUGUACCGACUGGAGUAAGCUCACCACACACAUCACGCCUACAAUACUGUCGAGGAUAUGCGGCCUGAAUCCCGACCACUGGAACUUGACAUCUGCCUCGUCGGCCUCGCAGGACCUGGAUGACAUACCGGGCCUGGAAUCGAGCAAUAGCAUGUUGCGCCCGGAGAAGGAGCUGAGGUUCCUGCCAAUUGAUUUGAAGAAAACGUGGAGAGAAGGAGCGACUGGCAGGGAACGGACAGAGGCUGCACAGGACCGGUCCUGGUUCCUAGGCGACCUCAUCGACAAACACUGCCAGGCAGGAGAUGAGCAGGGCCGGGAGAAUGAGAUUCUGGGUGAGCUGCAGUUUGCCUUUCUCAUGGUCCUGACGCUCAACAACAAUUCUUGCCUCGAACAGUGGAGGCGACUGCUGCGACUGCUACUCACCUGUCGGCAAGCAGUCAAGGAGCGUUCUCAUCUUUUCUUGGACCUUUUCAAGUGUCUGCGCAUCCAGCUUGGCCACUGUGCAGACGCCGAGGGAGAUUUAUUCGACAUGAAUGAUGCUGGCGGGGGAUUCUUGCGACCACUGCUAGGCCAGUUCCGAAGAGGUCUUCAAGACUUUGAUGGCAAGUGGAAAGCCGAUAUGGUGGACGAGGUAGACGACCUGCAGGAGUAUAUGGAGAAGGAAUUUGGAUGGCAGCCCGAAGGAUCGUAUCUGAAGCGGGGCAUGUUGGAGUUGGAGGACGGAGAGCGCGUGGAACUAGAAGUCAAUGGUGCAGAUGCAGAGGACGAGGUGGGCGACUAUGCGCCGACCAUUGUUGACCUGACCCCAGAGCAGCACAAGAUGUUGCACGGGACAGAUUCUGGGCCCACCAAAGACACCAGAGGCGAUGCAGGUGAAGAGUCAGAAGACGACGUCGACCUGGACGACAUGGAUACGCGCUACUGAGCGGCACACACAACCAGCAACACGAAGCCGGACUGCCAGGUCACCGGCUUCAUAUUGACGAGCGUCUGACGGACGCUAAUUACCAGAGGCGCUAUGCCAUCGAGAAUAGAUGGCUGCAGGAACCGGCCCACGGUUGACACGGUUUCAUGCUGUCGGAGGAAAUGCGCUAAGAUAAAAAGUAGGUACACGUGUGUCGAUCGCAACCACGCCGCAGCACAGCGCUGCGCAGUACAUAAUGUCUAAUGCCAUGGUUGCUCGACCCGGAGUUGAGGCAAAGAAACGUGACGAUACAAGGCAGAGAUUACAAUGGCUUGCGAGUGCUGGUAUCCGGGACGGGACUAACAGGAGGAUGUCUCUGGCCCCUUUAGUUAUAUCCGAUGCUAGUGCCAUGGAACGACAUAUGGAAAUUAGGCUUGGGGCCUUUCCGCCCUCGC